AUGUACAAUCUUGGGCUAAGUGUUUCUUAUGAUAGGAUCCUUUCCAUAUCAACUUCAUUGGGGAACACAGUCUGCCGCCGCUACCACCAACAGAAUGUGGUAUGCCCUUCCAACUUGCGCACUGGUUUGUUCAGAACUGCUGCUGUGGAUAAUAUCGACCAUAAUCCCAGCUCCACAACAGCACAGGAUUCUUUCCAUGGCACAGGGAUAUCCAUUUUUCAAAACCUAGCAACUGAGAAGCGAGGUUCUGCUCAGCAAACCAUAUCAAUAGACAAAACCACAGUGCCAGCUUCCAAAACUGUGGAAGAGCUCUCUCACUGGGUACACAAACAUAACCCCAGUAUCCUUGCCUAACAAGUCUCCUCCAGUUCCGGAUGGAUGUGGCCCAUGCAAUGGAUCUUCACUUGUUCAUAUUCCCGAAGAAGAGGGAUUGUGGUUAGAAACCGUCAAGAGUCAUUUAGAUAAUGAAAACUCAAAUUCCGACACUGUCAUAUCAUGGGCAGCAUAUCACUCUGCUAGUCAACAGCCCACUUCUCAUCUACCUGCCAUAUCAGCGUUACUGCCCUUGUUUCCUGACAAUGCGAAGUCCGUGGCCAUGAUCGCACACGCAAUGGAUGUGAUCAAAUCAUGUGUACAUCACCUCAAUCCAAGACAGGUUCCAGUGAUAGCGUUAGAUCAGCCUCUGUAUACUGUAGCCAAACAAAUACAGUGGAACUUUAAAGAAAAAUACGGAGAAGAUAAGUUUGUGAUAAUGUUUGGAGGGCUACAUAUCGAAAUGGGCUUCCUUAAGCUUAUUGGUAGCUGGCUAGAGGGAAGUGGAUGGACGACCGCUCUAGUAGAUGCUAACAUUGCAUCAUCGGUCACGGCAGAAUCAUUUAUCAAAGCAACUAGUGUCACCCAAUCCAGAAGGGCUCAUCAGGUAACCGCGAGUAGCCUUUUCAUAUUACUUAAGAAGGCGCACAACAAUUACACUCAAGAAGCAAAUCCAGAUGAUGAUGUCCAUUCAUUUCACGACUGGUGCACUCAUCAAGCUACCAAUUGUCCGCAGUUCUACUAUUGGUACACCACAUUUAAGCUGCAACUAAUUCUCCUGAUGUUUGUUCAAUCUAUACGUUUAGGUGACUUUUCCCUCUACCGCGACACGCUUUCUCUGAUGCUUCCCUGGCUGUUUGCUUUGAACCACACAAAUUACGCCCAUUGGAUUCCAGUUCAUCUUUGGGAUAUGUGCCUACUGCCGCAAAUUUCCCCAGACGUUGCUACCGAGUUGGAGCAAGGUUUGUUCACAGUGCGUUCAGCUAUAGCAAUUGACCAUGCUCACGAGCAGAAUAACGCAAUUGCUAAAGGGGACGGAGGAGCAGUGGGUUUAACCGAGAACGCAGGUGCCUUAAGACGAUGGAUGACAUCUGGUCCUGAGAUAGCGCGGUUAGUGAAUGAGUUCGAGCUGAAUCAACCGGAAGAUAUGUCGACACACCACAACGUUCAGAAAAGUUUUCAAACCUCGUUUGGUAAUGAUGUCAAGUCAUUGGUGGCAACAUUUGAAGAGUUCGGGAACCCUUUCCUGGACCAAGGUGACGAUCUUGUUGCACUGGACACCAAAGAAGUUGCUUCGCCAGAUGCGCUAGAGAGACUCAAGAAUAUUGAGAUCAAAGGUAAAUCCCAGUGUGACGAGUUUGUGUUGGAGUGUUUGGAGGAACAUAAGAGUUCCAUAUUUGAUCGAAUCAAGCGGAACAAGCUAAGCUUUUUUACUUCUGCCCUGCCGAAGAAAACAGCAAAGUUCCAACAAUAA